AUGAAGCUAAAGAAAAAGGAUAAAGUAGCUCUUGUAGAGGCACAUGUUGCAAUGACACAGUUUAAAGAAUUAACUGCCCUUUGUGAAAAUCAGGAACUAGAACUACACAAGGACGAUGAAGAGAAAAACGAAAUUGUACUUUUGGAGUUAGGAUCUGACAGUUCAGACGAGUCUGAAACUAGUGAUGAUGAAAAUAUUUAUUGCGUAUGCAGAGGACCUGAUGAUGGACGUUUCAUGAUAUGCUGUGAUGCGUGUGAUGAAUGGUACCAUGGGGAAUGUGUUGGUAUGGACGAAAGUGAAUGCAAGGACCACGCAGAAAGUGAUGUACCAUACAUUUGUACACUUUGUAGGGCAAAUUAG